UGUUUGCGCAGUGAUUGCGGGUGCGCAGCGGCUGUGCGGUGAUUUGGUGACUGUGGAGGAAGAGGCGGACUCUCCCCCGCAGCCAGUGCGCCUCAGAGCUGCGCAGUAGCGGACUGGGUGUAGUCUGGACUCCCGUCUUUUCCUGCUGGAGUUCUGGGUGCAUGGCGGCGGACACAAAGAGCUGAGAGCGACCUCAGAGACCCAGAGAGCAGCAGAGAGCCGGAGCAGAGCCGCGGAGCCUGGAGCGAGCCGCCCUCUUGUUUUCCAGGAUCCUCAGGUCCAGGAUUGUUUCUGAAGGGAACUGACCGGGAGAAAGUUUGGGAAAGUUUGGGAGGAGCUCUGAUGGGAGUUCUGGGAGCGACGGGGAGGACGGAGCGGAGCGGCAGGAUGCAGAACCUGGUCCUGGUUCUGGUGGCUUGGAGCUGGGUGGCCGCGGUGUGCGUCCGCGGCGCCAUGGAUGAGUGCGCGGAUGAUCAGGGCCGAGCGCAGCGCUGCAUGCCGGAGUUCGUGAACGCGGCCUUCAACGUGACGGUGGAGGCGACCAACACCUGCGGCUCCCCGCCGGAGGAGUACUGCGUCCAGACCGGGGCCACCGGGGUCACCAAGUCCUGCCACAUCUGCGACGCGCGGGACCCCCGGAACCACCACAACGCGGUGUACCUGACCGACUACAACAACCAGCAGGACGCCACCUGGUGGCAGAGCCAGACCAUGCUGGCGGGGAUCCAGUACCCCAACUCCAUCAACCUCACCCUGCACCUCGGUAAGGCCUUUGACAUCACCUACGUCCGCCUCAAGUUCCACACCAGCCGUCCAGAGAGCUUCGUCAUUUACAAACGCACCCGGGAGGACGGCCCCUGGGUGCCCUACCAGUACUACAGCGGCUCCUGCGAGAAGACCUACAGGAAGCCGAGCCGCGGCUUCAUCCGGACCGGCGGCGACGAGCAGGAGGCGCUCUGCACCGAUGACUUCAGUGACAUAUCGCCGCUCACCGGAGGAAAUGUGGCUUUCUCUACACUGGAGGGACGACCGAGUGCCUACAACUUUGACAACAGCCCCGUCCUCCAGGACUGGGUGACGGCCACAGAUAUCAAAGUGACCCUGAACAGACUCAACACGUUCGGAGACGAGGUUUUCAAUGAUCCCAAGGUCCUGAAGUCCUACUACUACGCCAUCUCUGACUUCGCUGUGGGAGGAAGGUGUAAGUGUAACGGCCACGCCAGCGAGUGUGUGAGGCGCAGCGGCGGGCGGCUGGUCUGCGACUGCAAACACAACACCGAAGGCGUGGACUGCGACGUCUGCAAACCGUUCUACAACGACCGGCCGUGGAGGAGGGCGACCGCCGACAACCCCAACGAGUGUCAACCCUGUAAUUGUAACGGGAAGAGCUCAGACUGUUACUUCGACGCAGAGCUGUACCGGGCCACGGGUCACGGAGGUCACUGCAGGAACUGUGCCGACAACACGGACGGGCCCAACUGUGAGCGCUGCCUGGACAACUACUACAGAGAGCAGAGCAACGGCCGCUGUCAGCCCUGCUACUGCAACUCCAUCGGUUCUGAAUCGCUUCAGUGCAACAACAGAGGGGUGUGCGCCUGUAAACCUGGAGUGACCGGAGAGAAGUGUGACCGCUGCCAGCCGGGCUUCCACAGCCUGACCGAGGCAGGCUGCAGGCCUUGUUCCUGCUCUCCGUCCGGCAGCACUCAGGAGUGCGAUGUCAACACGGGUCAGUGCCGCUGUAAGGACAAUGUGGAGGGCUUCAGCUGCGACAGAUGUAAACCAGGUUACUUCAACCUGGACCCCAACAACCCUCAGGGCUGCACGGCCUGUUUCUGCUUCCAGCACUCCUCAGUUUGUGACAGCGCCUCAGACUAUAGCGUUCAUACCAUCAGCUCCACCUUCCAAAGAGGUGAUGAGGAAUGGAGCGGUCAGCAGCGGGAUGGGUCUACCAUCUCUGUCCAGUGGUCUGCCGGUGGACAGGAAGUGUCCCUGAUGGCUGAAGACUAUCAGCCGCUGUACUUCGUGGCCCCGGACAAGUUCUUGGGGAAUCAGAUGUUGAGUUAUGGUCAGAACCUUAGUAUGAAUUUCCGAGUGGAGCGGCGGGAUGCUCGCCUGUCUGCUGAGGACCUGAUCCUGGAAGGGGCUAACAUGAGGGUUGCCGUCCCCCUCAUCAACCAGGGCAACGCCUACCCCAACGAGAACAUGCAGAACUAUGUGUUCAGGCUUCAUAUGCAACCCGGUCAACCCUGGAGACCUGUGGUCAGUGACUCGGAUUUCCAGAAGCUUCUCCACAACCUGACGGCCAUCAAGAUCAGGGGCACCUACAGCGAGAGGAGUGCCGGUUACCUGGACAACGUCUCCCUGGUGACAGCAAGGAGGGGGCCGGGAACGCCGGCUCGCUGGGUGGAGGAGUGCAGAUGUCCUCCAGGUUACCAGGGACAGCACUGUGAGCAGUGCACCGUGGGAUACCGCCGUUCCCAGCCGGAGCUUGGACCCUUCAGCUCCUGUGAGAUCUGCAACUGCCACGGACACAGCGACAGCUGCCACCCUGAAACUGGUGCGUGUGACUGUCAGGACAACACAGCUGGACUGAGCUGUGAGCGCUGUAAGGACGGCUUUUAUGGCAACGCCACUCGGGGCACAUUGGGUGACUGUCAGCCAUGUCCCUGCCCUGCCGGAGCCACCUGCGCUGUUGUAAUUAAAACCAAUGAGGUGGUUUGCACCAACUGUCCUUCAGGAACCACAGGGAAGCGCUGUGAGCUCUGCGAUGAUGGGUUCUUCGGGGACCCGCUGGGUCAGAACGGGCCGGUCCGAGCCUGCCGGGCCUGCCAGUGCAAUGGUAACACUGACCCCAACGCUGUUGGCAACUGCAACCGUGAGAACGGAGAAUGUCUGAAGUGCAUCUACAACACGGACGGCUUCUUCUGUGACCGCUGCAAAGAUGGUUACUAUGGCAACGCCCUGGCCCCCAGCCCUGCUGAUAAGUGCAAACCCUGCUCCUGCUCCCCCCUGGGGACGGUGGACCAGCAGACCAGCUGUUCGCAGGUCACCGGUCAGUGUCCGUGUCUGCCAAACGUGGCUCAGCGGGACUGCAGCGCCUGCCUCCCAGGCUUCUUCAACCUUCAGAGCGGCAGUGGCUGUGAGCGGUGUAACUGUAACCCCAUUGGCUCCUCUAGUGGUGAAUGUGACAUCAUUACAGGACAGUGUGAGUGCCAACCCGGCAUCACCGGCAUGCACUGCGAUCGAUGUGAGGUCAACUUUUUUGGCUUCAGCUCUUCAGGAUGCAAACCUUGUGACUGCGACCUUGAAGGGUCUCUGUCCGGUCAGUGUAAGGAGGACGGGCGGUGCGAGUGUCGGCCCGGCUUUGUUGGAGCUCGAUGCGACAUGUGUGAGGAGAAUUAUUUCUACAACCGAUCAGUGCCUGGCUGCCAGCAGUGUCCGUCUUGCUACAGUUUGGUCAGAGACAAGGUGAACCAGCAGAGGCAGAAGCUCCAAGAGCUCCAGAAUCUGAUAGACAAUCUUGGCUCCGGCCAGGAUACCGUCAGCGAUAAGGCCUUUGAGGAUCGACUAAAAGAGGCAGAAAAGACCAUUAUGGAGCUACUGGAGGAGGCUCAGAGCAGCAAAGAUGCAGACCAAGGUCUUCUAGAUCGUCUGAACGCCCUGAACAACACCCUAACCACCCAGUUGAACCGUCUGCUGAACAUCCGUAACACGGUGGACAAUACCAGCACUCAGGCAGACCGCGCUCGGGACAGGGUCCGAGAUGCCGAGAGUCUGAUUAACCGAGCUCGGCAGGAAUUGGCCAAGGCCAAGGAUGCUGUCAGUAAAGUGGACAUCAAACCUACUGGUGAGACCGGAGAACCUAACAACAUGACGCUGCUGGCUGAGGAGGCUCGACGCCUUGCUGAAAAGCACAAGAUGGACGCUGAUCAGAUUGAGAAGAUUGCCAAAGAUGCCAAUGACACGUCGACCAAAGCAUAUAACCUGCUGCUUAAGAGCAUAGAUGGAGAGAGCAAGAUGGGUGAAGAAAUCGACAAGCUCAACAAGAUGUACAAUGACGCCAAGAAUCAGGCCAAGGAUCUGGAGAAGCAGGCCAAAAAGGUGCAGGAUGAGGCAGAGGAGGCAGGGAACAAAGCUCUGAAGCUGUUUGGCAACCUGACCAGCCUUCCACCAUUUGACACCAAGACCUUGGAGGAUGAUGCCAAAAAGAUUAAGAAGGAGGCGUCUGAUCUGGACACUCUGAUCGACAAGACAGAACGGGAGUAUAAUGAAUUGCGAGACGACCUUAAGCCCAAAGAGCUGGAGGUCCGAAAGCUACUGGAGAAAGGAAAGAGCGAGCAGCAGACCGCAGAUCAGCUAUUGGCCCGAGCCGAUGCAGCCAAAGCUUUAGCUGAGGAGGCAGCAAAGAGGGGCCAGGCAACUUUCAAAGAAGCAGAGAACAUCCUGGAGGACCUCCGAGACUUUGACAGAAGGGUCAAUGACAACAAGACGGCUGCAGAAGAAGCCAUGAAAAAGAUCCCCUUUAUCAAUGCCACCAUCAUCGCUGCCAAUGAGAAGACCCGGCAGGCCGAGGAGGCGCUUGGGAAUGCGGCUGCUGACGCCCGGGAUGCAAAGAAGAAGGCUGAAGAUGCAGAGAAGAUUGCAGGCAACGUACAGAAGGGCUCAGCUAAGACCAAAGAGGAAGCAGAGAAGGCACUGCAGGACACUGAAAAGCUGGACAAAGACGUGAAUGACAUGAUGGAUCAGUUGAGCGCUGCAGAGGAGGAGCUGAAGAAGAAGAAGGCUGAAGCUGACAAUGACAUGAUGAUGGCGUCCAUGGCGUCAGAUAACGCCAAGGAGGCUGAGGACAACGCCCGUAAGGCCAAGAGUACGGUGAAGACAGUCCUGAAGAUCAUCACGGAUCUGAUGGACCAGCUUGGAAACAUUGAUAAAGUAGACCUUAGCAAACUGAACCAGAUUAAUGAGUCUCUGAACCGGGCCAAGGAAAAAAUGGCCGGCAGCGAGCUGGACACCAAACUGAAGGAGCUGAAUGACGUGGCGAGGACACAGAAGGAGAUGAUCGACGACUACGACCGGCAGAUCCGGGAGAUUCGCAGUGACAUCGACAACCUAAAUGACAUCAAAAACACGUUACCCACAGGCUGCUUCAACGGGCAGCCACUGGAGCAAGCUUAGCCCCGCCCACCUCCUCCAUCCACCCACCCUUUUCCCACCCACACUCACAUCUAACACUCCGGCAAACUUGCCGCCUUUUACCAAAACAGUUCUUGUUCUCAGAUUCUUGGCCAAGAUUUCAGCCGCUCCCAGCAGAGAGGCAAAUGCUGACGACAGCGGUGUUGUUACAAUGAACUCCGUGUUGCAGAGACACCAUGCACCAUGAGGUGGAUGAACCUCGGAGAGAAAACCAGAACCACAAACCCAACGGGACUGCAGCCUCACAGGAAGUCCGCUGGCACCUCACCAUAUUUUUUUUAUCAUCAACAUUUCAGAACACGUGAAGGAAUUCUCAUAUCCGCCUCCCGAAGCUACGCUCUCGACACGGAAAGCAGGGAAAACAUUUCAAAUCCUCUCCUCUGCAGUAUUCACACCUCCAGCAGGUGGCAGCGUUUGGUAUAGUUACUUAAUCUCUGCUGUGCACAGAGCUGCCAAAGUCCCAGAGAGAUUAAAUCAGACUCAAACUGAUUCUCAUUUACAAUUUUCCAGAUUUUAACCUUGAUGUGUGUAGAAGCUGUGAAUGUAUUGGGAGUAAGAAGAAGUGGAUGUUUUCCAUCACAGACAGAAGCUCAAAUCCGCCCGAGAGUAAAUUAAAAUGUUUCAGAUAGCGAUCCAGUUUCCUAAACCAUUUUUUAUAUUAAUCCAUAAACUUACUUGACUUAUAAUUAAACAAAGUAAGUUUUACCAUCUGGACUUUUUGACGGUAUUACAAAGUUUCUCACAUUUUCCAAACCAGUUUCAAUUGCUGAUCGUUGUAAAGCUCAGCAAAUAGUAAACUCAACUAACUAACUAGUAUCAACUAACUAUAGCAUACUACUCCACGGUAGCUUUUUCAUUAGCAUACCUGUUGGGUUCAAAAAUGUAGGUUUGUAAAAGAAGAACUGAAAUACGCAGUAAUGGAUUUUCAUACAGCUCCUGCAGGAGGAGAAACAGUUGAACCCCAGACUCAAACACACUGUCUCCCACCAGACCUCUU